AUGCGCCUUGAGGUGCAAUUUUUCUUUGAAGAACAUCAAUACAAAUUAUCCAUGACUCCUGAUCCAGCCAAGCCUGUCACUCUACGGAGAUCCUGUCAAACCUGCAUCAAGGGCAAACGGCGAUGUGACCAGCUCUGGCCUAAAUGCAGCAGAUGUCUGGGCAAAGGACGUAAUUGUGAAUAUGACAAUGCCCCUUUGACGGCCACAUCUGAUUCUCGAAGAAGUUUGAUCAAAAAGGCUCCACACAAUCGCCGGCAAGUGGCCUUGUCGCAUCAGAUCCGCACACCGUUGCGAUUAGAAAUUGCGAAAGAAUAUGAUCAAUCUGCCAUUCGAUUUCUCGUUCAUGGGCUACGAGAAUAUCCGAGAGCAUUUGUGAUAAGCCAGAAGACAGAUUUUAUACAUCCGGAAACCUACUCAUCCGGUCUUCCGGCUGUCAUUCAAGAUGCACAUGUUCUCUGCGGGCUUUACGGUCACCGUGCGCCACAGGGAAAUAUGAGUGAUAUUCUUUACUUCCUUCGGAUGAGGUCGGACGAGAUCUAUCACCAUUUCUCUCGCUCUUCUUCAUUUAAUGACCUUCUUGGUUGUUCACAAGCCCUGAUUCUCGUCCAAUGCAUCCUGGCUCUAGACCAGGAUCUGCCAAGCCAAUAUUCCGAGGAUACAAGCUCGAUGCUUGAAAAGGUUGCCAAACGGUUAUGGGAACAGGCCCCGGUCCAGCUACCAUCAACACUUACUCAAAGACAAGCAUGGCUUCUGGCUGAAAGUGUUCGGCGUACCAUUAUCGUGAGCUUAAUGCUUCGAAGUGCGUAUUCUCUGAACACAAGGAACUACUCCGUCCGCACGCCUUUCGUGGAUGCGUUGCCAUUUGAUGUUCGCACCAGUCUUUGGGAUGAUGAUUCGAACCAGGCUCUGGCGGAUCAGGAUUCUGGCCUUUCUGGUUCGAUGAUUUCCUUACAUGAGUAUUCGGAUGCUGUGGAAACAGGCAGUGUUCAUAAUAUUAACAAAUUUGGCGCGUUGAUCCUCGCUGCUUGCAAGGGCAAGGAAGUGUCGGGAAUACAGUAUCCCCCACAACAACCUUACUUAGCGACUUGA